AUGGCAAACAACGGUCCGACCAUCAAGAUAGAGACCGGCGCCCAGGGCAGCGAGGCAUGGGACGAGGAGCGUCUGGAACUGGCUUUGGACCAGCUCAAACUCUUGCACAUCAAACUUCGAGGUUUGCGCACAACAAUCCCGAUAAUGUUGGAGCCAUUGUCAACUAAGCACUCAUCUCCCCAAGUCGAGUUCGACUCGUUCAUGGAAUCGGUCGCCACGGCUAAGAGGAAGGUCCAGGAUUUUCAAGACCUUCGCAAGAGCGACGAGAUGACCAAGAUCAUGGACCAUGUUGCUCAGCGUCGGAAAGAAGAACCCAACGGUAUCAAGGCUUGGCGAACAAUAGACCAUCCCGAAUGGACUAUGCCGACGCCGACGACGACAACGACGACGACAGAGGAAUCGUAG